AAAGACGAGCGCUCGGCGGAGGGCUGGUCUGGCCAAUCAGAGCCGCUCUCCGGGUGUAGGCACGCCUCCCCGGGUGUAGACACGCCCCCUUCCACGUCGACCCUUCUUCUCGCCAUAUUUUUAACCAAAUGCACUGCUGUGGCCGCCGACUUUUUCGGGUAGGGUAAAGUUGUGUGUUUAGUUUUGGCUGGAAUAAACACGUUUCCACACCCGAAGAGGACAUCCGGCAAAGGGGAUAACUAUUUUAAUCCGCAACGAUGAACAUCUUCAGAUUAACGGGGGACCUCUCUCAUCUGGCUGCUAUCAUCAUCUUGUUGCUUAAGAUAUGGAAGACCAGAUCGUGUGCAGGUAUCUCUGGAAAGAGUCAGAUUCUGUUUGCAUUGGUGUUUACCACGCGAUACCUGGAUCUCCUAACCUCCUUCAUCUCCCUAUACAACACAAGCAUGAAGAUGAUCUACAUUGGCUGUGCCUUUGCCACUGUCUACCUGAUCUACAUGAAGUUCAAGGCCACAUACGACGGCAACCAUGACAGCUUCAGAGUGGAGUUCUUGGUUGUUCCCAUCGGAGGGCUUUCCGUACUCAUCAACCAUGACUUCUCUCUACUUGAGAUCCUGUGGACCUUCUCCAUCUACUUGGAGUCUGUGGCCAUCCUGCCACAGCUGUUCAUGAUCAGCAAGACGGGCGAGGCAGAGACCAUUACCACCCACUACCUGUUCUGCCUGGGCCUCUACCGGACCCUGUACCUCUUCAACUGGAUCUGGCGUUUCUACUUCGAGGGCUUCUUUGACAUGAUUGCGAUUGUCGCUGGUGUUGUCCAGACAAUCCUCUACUGUGACUUCUUCUACCUGUACUUCACCAAAGUGUUGAAGGGGAAGAAGCUGAGCCUGCCAGCGUAAGGAGGACUUCAGUUGAUGGCAGCUCCCAGCACACUCAGGGCCUGUGGAGAUGACAUCCUGGAACACCACCCACUGGAGGUUCUCUGAGAUAGGGAGCCGACGGAGGCGGGAACAUCUGGAGCAUUAUUGAUGGAACUGGUGAAAUGGCAACAAGCAGAAGAGCUGAACAAAGAUGGUCCCAGGUCAACACCUCACCCUUCUGGAUUUCUGUGUUGAGCUUUUUCGCCUUAACCCCCCUUUCCAUUGCUGUUCAAAUAGGAGGAAAGCUUUUUUUGUACAUGCAAGAUGUAUACUUUUUUUAAGAAGGUCACAAAUAGGGUCGACUCCAAGAUGAAUACCUUUUUCAACAAUGAAAUGCAUAAGUGUACAGUCUUAGUAAGAUCAGAAUAAUGCUUUUCGGUGCCUGAUAAAGAUUAAUGUCCCAUUUCCAGAGUUUUUGUAUUUAUUUUUUACUAUAGGCUAGUGAUGAUUUUCUGUCUGUAUGGCAUAUUGUUUGGUUAUCCAUUUUGUUAUCCAUAAACACUACUAUGGAUUUAUCAUUUUGUAGCUUAUUUUUAAAAUGUUGUUAUAAUGCAUUAAUGCUACAUAUCCAUUUUGUAAAAAUCUGAAAUCACUGAGUAAAUUUUUAUAGGCACAUGGUUUUUAUUGUCAUAAUCAAAUAUUUUGUAAUUUGGGGUUCCAACUUGGAUUGUGCCACUUAGUGCAUCACAUAAUUUGUGAUAACUGUCUUUCAUUGAAAGUCUUCGCUUCAAAAUGUAACUCCAGUUACUUAUUAAUCCUACAAAACGUUAGUUGUUAUCUUAGAAACACAUAAUUUUAUUGCAAACGGUUUAAUGCGAUUGAUUAGAUUCCAGAGGUUAAGAGCACAAACAUUAAGAGCCAUUGCACAGCAACAAAGAAAAUGCCUGGCCCUAGUUAAUCUAUCAUUCAUAAUUCAAUAGUGCCAUGUCUCUUAUGUCCUUUGUUUAUUGAGUAUUUUCAGCUCUUGUUCAUCAACUGAUUGUACGGCAAGUAAACACCUGGACAUUUGAUUGACCUAACAUUUUAAAAUGGUGUUGAUCGUAUGUUUACAUGGGUAAAUUUCAGCUCGAUUUCGUCAGUGCUUCAUUUAUUAUUCCACAGCCUCCAUCAAAAUGCAGUUAUUCCUUAAGAACCAUUUCAACAUUUUGUCCUUUUUUUGCAUGGCAUCACCUUCAUUAAAGAUUUAUGAGAACAAAUUGGCUGGGUUUCUAUUGUGAAUAAGUAAAGCAUCAUCACAUUAUGCAGUCUGUCUUGUCAGGGGGGGGGGGGGGGUAAUCAGCUAAAAGGGUUAACCAGCUCUGCAUUCUGCCAUGUGGUACCUUGACUUUGAUGGAGGUGCGUGACUAAAAAGAAUUGUCCGAGUUUCAUACAAGAGUGGCACUCCGAUGUACGAGUGAACGGCUCAGCCUGGGAAAAAAUAUGUAUGUAAAUAAUAUGCAAAUAAAGACUCAUGUACAAUCAAA